UUUGCCCCGCAUCUCCACUCCGGUACGCGCCCUACGUGUUGAAUCCCAUAUCCUAUAAAAGAAGCAUCUCGUCCUGAGAGGCGCGUGGUCACCCAUUCAUCAGUUACUAUGGCAUCUGAACUUCCUAAAAGAGUGCUCAUAUUCGGUGCUACCGGGGUCAUCGGCAAGUUUAUCAUUGAAGAGAUUGUCAACGCCCGGUCGGCAUUUGACAAGAUUGGUCUCUUCACCUCGCCAGAGACUGCAAAGAACAAACGCGACGAGAUCAAUGGAUGGGAAGAGAAGGGUGUCGACAUCAACGUUGGUGAUGUAAACUCCGAAGAGGACGUCAAGAAAGCCUAUGAAGGCUAUGACACCAUCAUCUCAGCCCUCGGCCGCAAUGCAAUCCUAACCCAAAUUCCUCUCCUCAAGCUCGCCGAAGCCUCUUCAUCAAUCAAAUUUUUCUACCCCUCCGAGUACGGCACAGACAUCGAAUACAACCCAUCCUCCGCCAACGAAAAGCCCCACCAACUCAAACUGCAAGUACGCAAGUUCAUUCGCGAGAAAGUUAAGGAGCUGAGAAUCACUUACCUGGUCACGGGACCGUACUCAGACCUAUUCUUCGCGCCAAACAAAGACCCGCGCAUUGGUUCAUUCAAUGUGAAAGGAGAAGAGGCAACGCUGCUAGGUACUGGUGAGGAGAAGGUUAGUUUCACGACGAUGAAGGAUGUGGGAAGGUUGCUCGUUGCAGCUCUCAAGACGCCAACCGAUUCCUCGGAGAGGAUCUUGAAAGUCAACUCCUUCACAGCGACAGGCAAGGAGGCGCUUGCGGAGUUUGAGAAGCAGAUUGGUGCGAAGUGGGAGGUUUCGUACACUCCACUAGAGGAGCUGAAGCAGUUGGAGAAACAGGCUUGGGAGGAAGAUUGGCCGUCGAAGACUCCGCUUACGCUGAGACGUAUCUGGACAGAGGGAGGGACAUUGUACGAAACUAGAGACAACGGCAAGGUUAACUUCGAUGAUGGGCUGGAGACGUUAGUAGACCAGGUCAAGAACACCAUCGCGAAGUACAGUUGAAUGAAUCGCAGGACCAGCCAAUUGCGAACCAAGGCAAAGUAUGCUACAAA